CAGGGGAUGGAAGAGGAGGGGAGCAGGGAGUUCCUGGCGAUGCAGGGGGAUGGGGGUGUGUGGGAGGUGUCUGAUGAGGAGGAUGGGCUGGGGAGUGUGAGGGGUAAGCGUGGGGUGGGGCGGGACAGGGUGGAGGAGGAGGACGGUGGAGAGGCGGGAGAGGCUCGGCAGCCGCCAAAGCUGGCCCAAUCCAGCAGCACUGGUGCAGGUUCGGGUGGUAUCGGUGGUGGUGGUGGCAGUGGGGCGAGCAGUGGGCGGUCGAUGAGUGCAAGCAUGGCGUCGCCCCCUCGGUCCCACCGCGCCUCUCGCUCGCAGCAGCAGUCACCGGAGAGACCACAUUCGAGGGCCGGUGGGGGGAAGUCAGCAGGAGAGAGUGGUACUCCAGGGGAGGAGAACAGCUUGGAUCAGGAUGAGGACUUGGGUGGUGGCGGUGGUGGUUCGGGCAGCCGGAAUGGUACGCCUGCCAGGAGGAAACCAAAGCGGAGGUCGCAAGACGGGGAUGGGGGGGAUCGAGGGGGAGGAGGGGCAGGAGGGCACGAGGAAGAGGAAAGAGGCGGAGGCGGAGGGGGAGGAGGGGGUGGAGGAGGAGGGGCAAAGAAGGGCAUGAGGAAGAAGAAAGAGAAACACAGCGGGCCGUUGUCAUCAGGGAAGGGGGGCGCAGCGAAGAAGAGAGGAGCGCAGCAGCAGCAGGAGCAGGAGGAAGACCUGGCCUCAAGCAUCCUGGCUCCCCGCACGCCCCCGCCCAUCCCCCGCCCCCUCUCCGCGUUCAUUGAGACAGAGGAGGACCGCUCCCUCGCGUCCCUCACCUCCGUGUUCUCCCCUAUAGCCGCCAGCCCGCAGGUGGCAGGCGGGGGAAGGAGCCUGGCAGGGGUGCUGAGGGAGCGGCUGGUGAGGGGCAUGCAGCGAGUGGCAGAGGCGGCGGAGAGAGGGGGUAGUGACCCGUUUGCUGGGGUUGACGGGCUGGUUGGGGUUGGGGGUAGCGGUGGCGGUGGGGGGAGAGGCGAAGAGGGGGAUGCUGUGGGUGUGGGUGGUACUGGUGGUGGUGUGCUUGGAGGUGGGGCUUGGGCUUCCGCUGUCCCUGGAGCCGCAGCAGGGGCCGGGGUGGAGCGGCGAUCGAGCCUGCGGCCAGAAAUUCUCAACCAGAAGGUAUCAGAGGCAACGGGGCUGCUGAGCCAGCUCAAGCCGUCCAAUGGCGAGGAGGCGAUAGAGGCGGCGUGCAGCCGGGUAGUGGUGCUUCUGGGGGAGUACCCCGAGGUCAAAGGGGAGCUCGUCAGCACCCAUGCUGUGGUGCCGCUGCUGGAGGUGUUUGAUGUGGACAGCCCCAGGAUCGUGCUGGCGGUGCUUCGCCUGGUGCUGCAGCUCAUCACCGACAGCCCUGACAUCCAAUGCCUGCUCUGCAACGCUGGCUUGCUACCCACGCUGCUCAACUUCUCCUCUCCCGGGCGCUGCUCUCCCGACAUGCGCCUGCAGGCGGGCCUGGUGCUGAGGCACCUGUGCCAGGCUAGUCCGGAGGCGGUGCGGGUUCUCCUGGCCUGCCGGGGCCUGCCCACACUCAUGGCGUUCCUAGAGUCGGACUACUGCAACAACCGUGACUUUGUGCACAUAGGCCUGGACUGCCUGCUAGCAGUGUUCGCAGCGGGCCCUCCUACCCCGCGCAACGACAUUGCAAGGCAGCUGGCGAGAAUGGGGCUGCUGCACCGCCUGCUCUCCCUCCUGCACUCCAUCUCCUCCGCCCUCUCUGCCUCCCACAACAACCCUGCCUCUGCUCCCGGUGCCGGUGGUGGGGGUGAGGGCACGGGGCGGAGUAGCUGGGAUGGCAGUGGCGCUGGUAGGUACGGUGCUUCUGGGGCUGGUGGUUCGGCCUAUGGGUCAGGAGAUGCUCCUGCUUCUGGCAAUGCAGGCGGAGCAGGAGGAGCAGGAGGAGGAGGAGGAGGAGGAGGAGCAGCCGCAGCUGCUGCCUCCCCUGCCACCGCAUCCUCCUCCUCCUCUUCCUCCUCGGCCGCCCCUGCUGCUGCCACUCCUGCGCGUCGCUCUCAGCGCCGCAUCUUUGGCCUCGCACAGUUUCGCAGCAAGGCAGCCAAGAGCGGGCAGAGCGGGGCAGACACGCAGGCACAGGGGGGAGCAACAGCAGGCGGGGGAGGGGGGGGAGCAGGAGGGGCGGCAGCUGGUGGGAACGCCGCUUCUGGUGCAGGAAGCGGGGCGGGUGCAGGGCCAGGGGGGUACGGAACAGGUGCGGCUGCUGCUGGUGCUACUGGCAGCGGAUAUCCCAUGGAAAGCGACGCAUCUUUGUCAUCAUUAUCAUCAUCAGCAGCAGCAGCUAAGCAGCAGCAGCUGGACCCAGCAGCGCUAGCAGCACAGGACACGCUCUACCUCACACGUGCGGCCCUGCUCCUGCUGCAGCUCUCCCAGUCGGACGAGGCGGUGCGUGCGCACAUGUUCGCGCCCUCCUUCCUCAAGCGCCUGCUCGACGUGCGCGAGUCCCUCCCCCCGCCCGUGCUGCUGCUGCUGCUGCGGGUGCUCCGCCAGCUGUCCUCCGACUCCGCCUCGCACGACUCGCUCCAGAGGGCGGACGCUGUCCGGGCGCUCGUGCCUUAUAUCGACUCGGCUUUUAAGGAGCGGUUUGAGCCGGGGGGUGGUGAGGGAAACCGGAGGGACUCUGGUGGGGGAGUGGUGACUUCCAAGGGGUACCCAGCUUCGCUGUUUUGCGACAUUCAGGCAGAGGCGCUCAUGGCUCUCUACAACCUCUGCAAGUCCAGCAAGCGCAGGCAGGAGCUAGCAGCGGAGUCCUCCAUCGUGCCGCCCCUCAUGGCCCUCAUCGCCUCCCGCUCGCCCCUGCUGCCCUUCGCCAUCCCCCUCCUCUGCGACCUCGCCAGCGCAUCCCGCGCCGCCUGCGACGCUCUGCUGCACCAGAACGCGCUGCCCCUCCUGCUCUCGCUGCUCUCUGCGCCGCUCAGCGCACAUGGGGCCAUCGCUGCCAGGAUGGCCGACAGGCGCAGCAGGGAGGGCGGCGGGGGGGGGAAGGGAGGAGGCGGAGGCGGAGGGGGAGCAGGGGGAGGGGCGGGUGGGGAAGGGGCGGACAGGUUGUGGGGAGCGGCGGCGUUUGAGGCAGUGGUUGCAUGCUUGGUGAACGACGGGGAGGGGCGGCAUGUGGAGCAGACGCUGCUGAGGCGGGACUCGCUGGACUCGGUAGUGUGGUUCGUCAGAGGGGCAGCGAGGAACAGCUCGUUCACGGCGCUCUUUGAACCGCUGCUGCGCCUCGUCGGCAAGUCCCCGGCGCUGAAUGCAGCGCUGUCAGUGGGCGGGCUGGGCGACCUGCUGGUGGCUCGCCUGGACGACCCGCAGCUGGAGCCAGCCAUGCGCCUCAACCUGCUCAAGCUGCUCAAGGCGGUGUACGAGCAGCACCCGUACCCCAAGGGGCUGUCGGUCCCAGACGAGUUGCCCCUGAAGCUGCAGCGCCUGACGGAGGAGCGCCGCAUCGCCGGGGGGCAGCAGGUGCUGGUCAGGCAGAUGGCCUCGUCGCUGCUCAAAGGGCUGCACUUUGGCCCGCCCAGGUGACCCGAGUCGCAGUGGUAGGCUGGCAGCCGCAACGGGCUCUCUUUGAGUCGAUUCCGCUGCUCAAGAGCUGCUCUGAGGGCUACACUUUGACCCGUCCAGGUGACAACAAGCCUCGGCUGUGCGGCUAUGCGGCUAUGCGGCUGUGCGGCUGUGUGGCUGUGCGGCUGUGCGGCUAUGCGGCUGUGCGGCUGUGCGGCUAUGCGGCUAUGCGGCUGUGCGGCUGUGCAGCUAUGCGGCUGUGCGGCUAUGCGGCUGUGCAACAGGUGACGCGCGAAGCACUGCAUUGCCAUCGCUGGUGUAUUUAUCGCUCCUUGCAAGCCACUGAGACUCCUUUGCCGCAGAAGGAUAGCCCUGUUGAGGAUUUCGGGGCGUUCUAGCUACUGAAAUACGAGUUGUUGGGCACGACACCAUGCACACAAAUGCACAUCUGUCUGAGCACCUGAAAGCACCGCCCGUCUUGUAUCCUCAUUUUGGCAUGGUGCCUAUACUGUACUAAUAACUUCACAUGUACUGCAGGUGGAGGCAAUAGAAGCCACUCUUCUAC